AGUCUAGGACCUCUAAAUCGUUGGGAAAACAAAGUUACAGCAUAGCCAACCAAGUGUAACUUUGCGAUUGACUCGGCCAUUGACAAGGCUGUAAAAGUCGGGGGUUAGCUGUACGAGGUACUGACGUGCAUCAGAUGGCUGAUGGUAUUCUGGCUUGGUACGAUCGAAGCAUCAGACGCAGUUCUGCAACAACAUUGAACAUGGCUCCGACUCAAAUCACAGCAUGCGUUGUGAGGGAUAUUCGCUGUCCAACAUCCCUGGAGAAAGAUGGCUCAGACGCAAUGAACCUGGCCCCUGAUUAUUCGGCACCGUAUGUGGUGUUGAGCACCGAUUCUCAGUUGGAGGGUCAUGGGUUUACCUUCACAGUUGGUAAAGGAAAUGAAAUUGUGUGCCAUGCAAUCAAAGUCCUAAGCAAGUUCGUUGUUGGACUUAAGUUAUCCGCCAUCUUUGAUGAUUUUGCCAGUUUCUGGAGGUCGCUGACGAGUGAGGAUCAGAUGAGAUGGCUUGGUCCGGAGAAGGGAGUGAUGCAUCUUGCUGUGGCGGCCAUUUGCAAUGCAGUAUGGGAUCUCUGGUCUAAGAUGGAGGGCAAGCCCAUGUGGAAGUUUCUGGUGGAUAUGGAACCUGAGAAACUGGUGUCAACCAUAGACUUCCGUUAUAUGACUGAUGGGAUGACGAGGGAGGAGGCUAUAGCUGUCCUCAAGGAGAUGCAAGCUGGAAAAAAGGAAAGAGAGGCAGAUGUCAUCGCGAAGGGUUUCCCAGCAUACACCACUUCCUGUGGCUGGCUUGGCUAUGAUGACGUCAAACUCAGGAGGCUGUGUAAGGAAGCGCUGGCCCAAGGGUUCACCCAAUUCAAGGCCAAAGUGGGCACUGAUCUUGAGGAUGACAUCAGACGUCUCCGCAUCAUCCGAGAGGAAAUUGGUCCAGACCAUCUUCUGAUGGUGGAUGCCAACCAGAAAUGGGAGGUGCAGGAGGCCAUUGACUGGAUGAAGAAGCUGGCUCAGUUCAAGCUCACCUGGAUUGAGGAACCCACCAGCCCUGACGAUAUCCUGGGCCAUGCCGAGAUAGCCAGGGCGCUGAACCCUCUCGGUAUCGGCGUGGCAACUGGGGAGCAGUGCCAGAACAGGGUCAUGUUCAAACAGUUCCUCAAAGCCAAGGGUCUCCAGUUUUGUCAGAUCGAUGCAUGUCGUCUUGGAGGAGUUAGUGAGUGUGUGGCUGUCAUCCUCAUGGCCAAGAAACUAGGAAACAUCCCGAUCUGUCCCCACGGUGGAGGAGUGGGUCUGUGUGAGUUUGUGCAGCAUCUCUCAAUUUUUGACUACAUUGCUGUGUCUGGCACAUAUGACAACAGAGUGACUGAGUACGUUGACCAUCUACAUGAGAACUUCAAGAACCCCUGCGUUGUGAAGGAUGGGAGAUACGUUGUUCCUAAGGCCCCGGGCUACAGUGCAGACAUGCUGGAGUCCUCCCUGGACAAGUUUGAGUAUCCCACAGGUUCCGAGUGGAGGAGGCUGAUAGCAGAGGGGGUGUACAGUGCAGAGUAGGGGUAGGGGUAGUUCAAUGCAUGGUAAGGUUCAGGGAGGUGUUUCAGUGUAGAGUAGAGCUGGGGUUUGUGUAGGAAUGGGGUUUGUGUUUGGGUGGGGUUGUUCAGUGUAGAGCAAGGGUGAGGUUCAGUGUAGAGUAGGGAUGAGGUUGUGUAGAGUACUGGUGAGGUUGUUCAGUGUUGAGUAAGGGUGAGGUUCAGUGUAGAGUAAGGGUGAGGUUCAGUGUAGAGUAAGGGUGAGGUUCAGUGUAGAGUAAGGGUGAGGUUUAGUGUAGAGUAAGGGUGAGGUUGUUUAGUGUAGAGUAAGGGUAAGGUUGAUUAGAGUAAGGGUGAGGUUGUUUAGUGUAGAGUAAGGGUGAGGUUGAUUAGAGUAAGGGUGAGGUUUAGUGUAGACUGACUGAGUUUGGUUUUACGCCGCUUUUAGCAAUAUUCCAGCAACAUCACGGUGGGGAACACCAGAAAUGGGCUUCACACAUUGUACCCUUGUGGGGAUUUGAACCCGGAUCUUCGGAGUGAUGAGCCAACGCUUUAGCAGGGAUGAGGUUGGCUUGUGCAGAGUAAAACUGAGAUUAUUCAGAGGAGAGUAAGUGAGUCUGUUUAGUGUAGAGCAGGAAUGAGGCUGUUCAUUAGAAGUUAAGGGCUAUGGUCUGUGUAGGGUCGGGUUGUGGAAAAGUGAUAGGGUGUGUAGGGUUGGAAUGUAGGUAUUAGUAGGAAUUUGACUGUCAUGUUGAGGGAAAGGCUGGGGUUAUCAAGUGUAGAAUAGGGUUAGUUUGCCCAUGGGGGUUAGGGUCUGUGUAGUUGGGAGAGCUGUGGAGUAUAUCCUGCAAAGGGAUUGUCAGGAUCAGUGUAGGGAUUGUCAGGAUCAGGGUAGAGAUUGUCAGUAUCAGUGUAGGGAUUGUCAGGAUCAGGGUAGGGAUUGUUAGGAUCAGGGUAGGGAUCAGUGUAGGGAUUGUCAGGAUCAGGGCAGGGAUUGUCAGGAUCAGGGUAGGGAUUGUCAGGAUCAGGGUAGGGAUUGUCAGGAUUAGGGUUGGGAUUGUCAGGAUCAGUGUUAGGAUUGUCAGGAUCAGGGUAGGGAUUGUCAGGAUUAGGGUUGGGAUUGUCAGGAUCAGGGUAGGGAUGGUCAGGAUCAGGGUAGGGCUUGUCAGGAUUAGGGUUGGGAUUGUCAGGAUUAGGGUAGGGAUUGUCAGGAUCAGGGUAGGGAUUGUCAGGAUCAGGGUAGGGAUUGUCAGGAUUAGGGUAGGGAUUGUCAGGAUCAGGGUUGGGAUUGUUAGGAUCAGGGUAGGGAUUGUCAGGAUCAGGGUUGGGAUUGCCAGGAUCAGGGUAGGGAUUGUCAGGAUCAGGGUAGGGAUUGUCAGGAUCAGGGUAGGGGGAUGUAGUGUUCACCACAUAGUGGGGGUUUGAGGGGUUGGUGGACAUUACUCACCACAUGGCAAAAUGUUACAACUGUGGUAACAAAUCCUGAAGGCAGCUGAUAUUAUUAUGCUGCUACGUCUUCCAAAGAUGCCUUCAACAUAAUGUUUCUUACACACUCCAGAUCUCAGUAUUAUCUCUCUGGUUUGUAGACUGAUAUUAACAGUAGCAUAUUUUAGAUGGACAUAGGUGUUCCAUGUGUAUCAUUGAAAUGAACCAUGAUACUGGCACCCUGUGAUAUUACUUCAUUCAUACCUACAAUGAAUCACAUUGGUUGUCAUAUAUUCAAGUUCAUCACCCAGGUGUUGCGCGCUAUUGUGUAUAAUCAGAAAGCUUGUCAUGUAUGUUUACUGGUAUGUCUUGAUUGGAGUCUCUAAUCAGAAUAAAAUCAUACCAGGGAUCA